AUGUUCUUCACGCUGCUGGGCACAUGGUUCAUCCUGCAGAUGUAUUUUGAUCAGAGCUGGAAAGCCAUCAGCCUGAGAGGCUGGAUUGGUGCCACCGACAAACCCAGCAGCAAGCAGCUGCCCCGGCACAAGUGUGGGAACCGUAAGGGCUGCCCCCAGAACCAUUUUGCCUUCAAGAUCAUCAGCGGUGCCGCAAACGUGGUGGGACCCUCCCUCUGCUUCAACGACGUGGUCCUCAUGAGCAGUGUGAAAAACAAUGUUGGCAGAGGACUGAAUAUCGCUCUGGUGAAUGGAACAAACGGGCAGCUCCUGAAGGUUGACACGUUUGACAUGUACUCUGGAGACAUUAACAAACUGGACACCUUCCUCCAAGAGAUCAAGCACGGCACCAUCAUGCUGACAGCCAGCUAUGAUGACCCUGCCACAAAGAUGAACGACAAAGUACGGGCACAUUUCACUGAGCUGGGCAGCAGCCACGUGAGCAAGCUGGGCUUCAGGGACAACUGGGUCUUCUUGGGAGCAAAAGGACUGAAGAACAAGAGCCCCUUUGAAGAGUACAUCAAAAACAAUAAGACAACAAAUAAAUACAACGGCUGGCCUGAGCUGCUGGAGAUGGAGGGCUGUGUGCCCAGGAAGACGGAUUAG